AUGGCUUCCUUCCUCAACCAACACGCAGUGGCAGACUUUGCGUCUCGUCUGCGGCCCCAGCAGGUCUCCAAUGGGCUGUUUUUCGGACCGCUGUACUCGCUGUCGCAGCACGAGUAUCUCGUCGCGAACAACAUACGGUUCCUGAUCUCGGUGAAUCUUGCGACGGUUCGCGUCGCCCAGUAUUUCGAGGCCCUGCCGAACAAAGAAGCGUUUGUGUGGGUCAACUUCGACGCGAAUUUCAAAGAAGAUGCCACGAGUGCCGCGUAUGUGGCCCACAAUUCGACUGCGCUGUCGCAAUUGGUGCGAAAUUUGACGCAAGCUCCAGACACACGCGGAUUUGGAUUUACAUCCCAGCUCGUUGUCACGCCGCAACCUGACAUUUCGUCCCUUCUCUACAACGACUUGUCCAUGUACACCCACAACAUCAUCGCGGCGACGGGCACAACCAAGUUUUCCGCUUUCAACGAUCUUUUGACUUUGUUCAAAGCGUCGGGCGCUGGUAACGUGCUGGUCUUGUCUAGCGACGGAAACGACGCAGAGAUGUGCGCGCUCGUAGCGUCGCAUUUGGUAAAGGACAACGCUUCUAUUUCGAUGCAAGGCGCCGUCAACUAUUUGAUCUCGCUACGGCCAACGCUCAGCGAGCCUGCGGACGCCAAUGCGCUUUUGCAGUUCGAACAGCAUCUUAGAUCGACCGAUGCGUUUACGCCGCGAGAUUCCACGUGUGUUGCCCCCAAACGUCGAACUUCGAGCGCGUCGUCGUCGUCGACACCGACGUCUCUCAUGGGGAAUUCCAAAAAACAGGCGGUACGGACCGCACCUCAGGAUUGA